CUGCUGCUGCUGCUACUAUAUAUGCGCUCACCCCAAGAGCCAUCAACAACAAAACAACUUCACCCCCGGCCGGAUCACCGGUAUCUCACUGCACAUUCGCAGCACAGCACACCCUCUCCGCUUUACGGGGCACAGCAGCAGCUCCAUCCACGAUCUUCGAGCAACUUGACAAUCUUCUGGACCAGUCACGUCCACAAAAGGGCAGGCGCCGUAUUGAGAUGUCGCUGAGGCCGCUCAACACAGAGCGCAGCUUCCUCCUCUCCCCGAAGACAAAGAGCAGCCCCAAGGAUGCCUGCGCCGCGCCGCUGAGGUCGCCGUCGCCGAGGGUCGUCGCCCCGCCGCCCAAGAGGAGGAUGGCGCGCGGCCCCGGCGGGCUCGAGAGGUCGCUCAGCUUCAAGAACUGGGAGGCGGAGGAGGGCCAUGAUCAGCCGGAGCCGGAGGCGGCGGCGGCGAGCCGCUGCAUCAACGGCGCGCGCCCGGAGAGCCUCGUGCUCCAGAGCCCCAAGACCAGGGAGCAGCAGCAGGCCGACGCCGUCGUGGGGGCGUCCCCCGCGCGGAAGUCGCCGGUGGAGGAAGUCAUGGAGUACAUCUCCCCGAGGUCCCGGAGCGAGCUCGACGAGGCGGCCACCAAGGUCCAGAAGCUCUUCAAGGGCCACCGCACCCGGAGGACCAUGGCCGACUGCGCCAUUGUCGUCGAGGAGCUCUGGUGGAAGGCCUAUGACUCCGCGUCUCUGAGCAUCAAAUCCAUCUCCUUCUUCGACGAGGCAAAGCAGGAGACGGCAGCUUCCCGGUGGUCCAGGGCCGGGAAGAGGAUUGCCAAGGUCGGCAAGGGGCUGUCAAAGGACGAGAAGGCCCAGAAGCUAGCACUGCAGCACUGGCUCGAAGCUAUUGACCCACGCCAUCGCUACGGGCACAACCUGCACCUGUACUACGACAUCUGGUCGGCAAGUUCGAGCACAGAGCCAUUCUUCUACUGGCUGGAUAUCGGUGCCGGGAAAGACGAGCAUCACCCUAAGUGUCCGAGAAACAAGCUCUACUCACAGUUGAUCAUGUACCUCGGACCAAAUCAGAGAGCGGAUUACGAGGUUAUCGUGGAGGAAGGAAAGCUGAUGUACAGCAGAAGUGGACUUUUUGUGAACACCACUGAGGAUUCCAAAUGGAUAUUUGUGCUGAGCACCACUAGAUCAUUGUACAUCGGACAGAAAAAGAAGGGUGAGUUCCAGCACUCAAGUUUCCUAGCUGGUGCAGCGACAACUGCUGCGGGUCGAUUGGUUGCCAAAGAUGGUGUUCUAAAGGCAAUAUGGCCAUACAGCGGUCACUACCUCCCGACAGAAGAGAACUUCAGAGAGUUCAUCAGUUUCUUGGAGGAGAACAGUGUUGAUUUAGCCAACGUCAAGAGGUGUUCGGUUGACGACGAUGAGUACCCGUCAUUCAAGAAGACCUCAGACGAGCCUACUGAAAUGGACCACGGUGAGAAGCCUGCCGAAGUGGAAAUUAACGAGAGCCUGAACAGCUCGCAGGUGGAGCUACCUGAGGUAGACAUUGUCAAGGAGGGGGUUGCUGAAGACAGCAUGGACACCGAGGCAACAGAGGCAAAGAUGGCCAGCCUCCCGUCAUUCAAAUGGGCGACUGCUGCCGGCGCGCGCAUUGGCUGUGUCCGGGACUACCCGGCUGAUCUCCAGAGCAUGGCUCUUGAGCAUGUGAACCUUUCACCGAGAGUGGUGCCCUCUCCGAGCGCGAACAGGCUGCCGAUUCCGUCCCCUCGCCCGAGCCCAAAGAUCAGGCUGUCACCCAGGCUGCACUACAUGGGUCUCCCUACCCCCACUGGUCGCCGACUCCCAAUCCCGAGCCCGGAGAUCAGGAGGUCGCCAAAGAAGCAGUUCAUGGGGUUUCAGACACCGGCCGUGGCUCUCACUCUCCCCAAGCACAAGGGCAAGUAAUUGGUCAUGCCGCGGUACAGCACUGCUGUUAUGAGCUAUGACAGCAUUUUUAGAUAGUUAUAGCUAGACCAGAGAUAACAAUUUUGUUCUUCUACUUUGUUCUUUGAUCGUGUGCAGUGUGCCACCAUUUUUUAGUAUGUUCAUCUUCUUCUUUGACCUGAGGUGCGUGCAUCAGUGGCACAGUGUAUACUACAGGCUGUAUAGUCUGGACUCACAACCCUGCAAAUAAAGCAUGGAAUUUUGCAGAUUCUUUUGAAUAAAAAAGACUGUUCUGUCCAUCA